AACUAACAGGUAUAAUCUUAACUGAGAGGUAUUCUGCGUUGUUCUGGAUUAAAGCUAGUUUACCGAAAGUGAAUCAAAACAAAGCAACUAACUAAUGCUUCUUUGAUAUCUGCUACCUUGUCUGACCAAAAGAUUAAGUAUAUUUCAUUUUAAAGUCAAAUCAGGAUCUUGUCCAGAAACCAACGCUUGAGAGAAUUCUCAGAGUGGUUUGAACCACAGUGAAAAUGAAUAGCCAACGAAACAAAUUUAAGCGUGGUCAAAAUUUUAGCACGGAAGAAGAGUUUUUGCUCAUCACUUUGGCGGCCGAGCAGAGACAUAUUUUCGAAAAUAAGAAAAAUGAUGGCGUGACCUGGAAGGAAAAGGAGCUGGCGUGGGAGAAUCUGGCGGCCACCUAUGCCAGCAAAUCGGGCGUUCAGCGCAGUGCGCUCAGCCUACGAUCGAAGUACGAAGCCUUGAAGAAGAAACUUGCAGCUGGGCUGCCGUACGGACAGCCUCCCACAAAGCCAACGGUUUCCGAAAAACUCCGACUAAUUCUUGGGGAUGAGGACUCUGGCGACGAAAACUCAGACAGCGACUGUAUUAUGAAUGAGCUGCAGACUGAGGGAUCGACUGGAGACAUAAUCGAGUUCAACGAGGAGAGCUCGCCUGAGAAUCGGACUUGCAAACCUAAAACUCCUAUAGCCUUUGAGGCGACACUGGUUGCCCCUCCAAGUGGAAGAACACAGCCAAGAAAACGUGAUUUCGGCAGUCUAUUUCAAGAGGAAAAAUUACUUUUGAUAAGGGCCCAGCGUAAUUUCUAUGAACAAGAAAAUGUACGAGCACAGGAAAAGCAUCUGGAGGAAAUGGAAACAUUAAGUGCGAAGCGGGAGUUGCUUUACCUAGAAAUCGCAGAAAAAAAAAGAAGACUUAUCGACCCUCCGAAGGAAUGAUGCCGAUUAUUCUUAAAACCUACCCUAAGACCUAUGCUAAUAGUAUCACCUCUCAAAAUAUUUACUAAUUAAAUUGUUUCUAUAAAGCUCA